CCCGCGGUUCUUGCAGCUGCCAGGUGCCGCUGCCAGCCAUGACUUUGCUCCUCGUCCUCGUCCUGCUGGCCCUGUGCUGGCCCGUGCACGCCACGUGGGACAGCUGUGGGUAAGUGGCCGAGGCUCGGGGAGGGAGCUCAGGCAGCCCUUAUGGGGUUCACUUGUCCCCUGUGGCCACCACCGCACAGCUUCCCCAACCCCACGUGGGAGCCUCAGAGCCUCGCCAGCCCCCAGGCCGCUGGCACAACCCGUCUGUGGGGCCAAAGCAGGAACAGGGGCGGGCGCACGCGCGCCCCAGGGGUUCCCUGGCCCUGCUGCCCACGCAGCGCCUGCUGGGGAGGGAGGACGGCUGACCCUCAGCCAGAGCAGCAGCAAGCCAUGGAGCAGCACACUCAUGCGUUUCUGGUUACAGAGCGACCUGCGGGCUGCGGCCCAUGGCUUAUCACUACGGCACGUCGCGUGUCGUGGGUGGCACGGACGCCCAGCCAGGGGCCUGGCCCUGGAUCGUCAGCAUCCAGGACCCCUGGGAAGCAGGCACGGGGCACAUCUGCGGAGGGUCCCUCAUCAGCUCGCAGUGGGUCCUCACGGCAGCCCACUGCUUCAUCAACGCCAGGGUGCCCUGUGCCAGCACCACGUGCUGCUCCCGCCCCGGUUCCUUGCCCGGUGCCUGGGCUCUCCUGGGCCGGCGCAGAGACUGCUCGGGAGAAGGCUGCGCUCGUGCCGCAUCUUCCCAGCAGCCCCCGGCUCGACAUCGCCUGCGCCCGAGGCACAUCAGCAUGUGGCGCGUGGUGGUCGGGGCCACCCGCUUGUCUCGGCUGGGCCCGGAGGUCCAAGUGCGCAAUAUUCGGCGGCUCCUGGUUCACCAGCACUAUAAUAACAUCUCACAGAGCAACGACAUUGCGUUGCUGGAACUGAACCACCCCGUCCAGUGCAGCUACUACACACAGCUCGCCUGUGUGCCCGACGCCUCGCUGAGAGUGUCGGAGCUGACGACCUGCUACGUCAGUGGUUGGGGUGCCACGGCUGCAAGAUGUGAGUUCCCCAAAAGCGCUCGUGUCCCGAGGGCAAGCUUGGCUCACUGGGGAGACGGGUUGGGCUUCCUGAGAGCAGAGGGGAAAGCCAGAGUCGGGCCGUGGGGACAUUCGCCUACGGAGAGAGGGGCCCAACCCAUUACCCAACGCAAGACCAAAGGGCAACAGCUGUACAAGGCCUUCAGGACGCAAAGCCAAGAACCCGGGCAAGGGGUUCACCAGACGGGGUGGGGGGGAGGGGAGAACGGGCAAAGAGCUGCUGGGUGGCGGCAUCGACACCUGCCAGGUAGGAGCGUGCCACAAGCCCAGCCCCAGCAGCACAGGCAGCCCUGGCACAGCCGCCCAAACACACCCCGGGGCGGGCUCUGCCCGCCAAGUCGCCCUCCCGCUGCUGGCUCCCCACCCCUGCUGGGGCUCACCUCCCCUUCCCCAUCUGCGGGUCCUUGCCCCGCGCACGCCUUGUCCCAGAGGCCGGGGACUCUGCCCAGGAAGCCCAUCCGUGCUCUUGGCAGCCACGGCUCCCGAUCCCAAUCCCACAACGUCGCUCUUUCACACGUCCAGCAGCCAGCCCUAGUGCUGACGGUGGCCACCCAACACACCUCAGGCCUCUCUCCUCCGCUGCAGGGUGACAGCGGUGGUCCUCUGGUGUGCAAAGACAAGAGUGCGGAAUACUUCUGGCUUGUCGGCCUGACCAGCUGGGGGAGAGGCUGCGCAAGAGCCAGGCAGCCCGGCAUCUACACCUCCACGCAGCACUUCUACAACUGGAUCCUGGUCCAGAUGGGACUGCGCCCGGCAGUAAGGGCGACUCCAGCAUCACGGGACUGGAGUCAUUUUCUCACCACCUCCACCCCCUAUCAGAGGCCAAAGACAACACCAACACAAUCGGGCAGGUUUGGAUCCUGCCCGUUUCCACGACAGAAGCUGGUGGAAUUCUUUAAUCUGCUGCAGGAGCUCCUGCGGCUCCUAAGAGGGGAAAAGGCUUGAGCAGCAGGACGCACAGGACCCAGCGCAGGCUGCAGCGUUCCACCGCGUCUCCUUCUGGGGCAACACCUGCCGAUCCAAAGGCAGCCUCAGUGCCAAAGGCCUGCUCAGUCCUGCCCACGCUCCUCCGAGUGUACGCGGGUGCGGAUGAUGACGGUUGUUGAAAUAAAGUUGCCGAUUUUCUCAGCUAACCGUGCCUCGCUCCAAUUCAGUCUCCUGUGCAAGGGAAGGACUUCCCUGUCCAGCACCUGCGGAGUGGGGCUGCAGGCACACCGUGGGGCACAAAGGGCAAGAGUCACUCCCGAGGGCUGGCGAUGUGCCUGGUCACAGAGGAGGGUGAGGGGGCAGUGGAAGAAGGGAACACAGGUCGUGGGGGGCUAGAGGUCUUGGGGACAGCAGUUGGGAACGCAAAGUGGCUUAGGCCGGCUUCUGGUGGGAUCCCCGCGUGUGUGUCUGUGUGUGUGUGCAAUGCACCAGUGAAAUUGAAACUGGACUCUCUUGUGACCCAGGAGACACGGAACUAGGAAGACCCGAGGUUU